UGUUCCCCUGUUGGUAGAAGCGCGUUGUUCUCGCCAGGGGAUUGGAGCAGCAGCGUGUCAGUAAAGUCACCUCACACACACACACACACACACACAGUUGCAAGUGUUGGGAGACGCGCGGCGAGACGCCGAGACACCGAGACAGAGAGCCAGCGCGAGAGCUGCGUGCGCUUUAAUCCGUCAGCGCCGGGACUCGACGUCACCGGAGAGCGAGAGCGAGGGCGCGCGCACUGGAGCUCGAGCGACGCGGGUCAUGGAGGCGAAGAUGCUGGCGGCGGACGACGGUCUCGCGGAGCCCAAAAUGGGCGUGCAGCAGCCGCGGAGUUUCGCGAGCAAGCGCGUGAAGGCGAGGCACGAUCGACCCACCAUGGUGGAGAUCCCACAGCUGGGGGACGGCGCGAGCCAGCGGCGCUCGCACGCCAUCGCGCACACGCACACGCAGUCGUACCCGUAUCAGCCCCGACUGCAGCUCCAUCACCCCGCCAUCCAUCACGCGCAGCAUCAGUCUCCGGCGCUGCAUCGCUUCCCGGGGGAAAUGCGGCCCAGAGUCGCGACCUCCAGCUCAGCAUCAGCAUCGUCAUCGUCAUCGCCAUCAGCCUCAAACGCAGCGGCGUUCCUCGGCCACCAGGGGAGAGUCCGCUACCCCGCCGGCCAGCAGUCUCCAGACUGCAGCUACGAAAUAAGCUCAGAAAACCGCCUGAUUCUGGACGCAUUUGCACAGCAGUGCAGUCGCGUGCUCAGCCUCCUCAACAGCAACGGCAGGUUACUGGGGCCACAGCGGACUUUGAGCCCUCCAUCCUCCUCAAUCAACUCCAUCAUCAAGCAGGAGGCGGGAUGCUCGCCGGAGCCGGAUGUCACCAAGUCCAGGCCUGACGAGCCCCAGGAUGGCAGUGUGGAGAACGAGUGUCAACACCGGCAACAGUGGAACUCGCAGCACACCUCAACCCUCCUGCAAGUCUUCACCGAGUCUCUCCAGAACUACCUGCUGGCCGGGGCUCCGUCCUCCGAGGGCGAGCGCUGUCACCAGGCCGAGGCUGCACCCGCCGCACCUGCAUCACCAGCACACAAUCUGGGAGGCUGGGCGUCCCCGGCCCCCUCCGACUCAUAUGGACACCCAUCUUCCACCCUGCCUGAGGAAGAGGAGGAGGAGGAAGGCUGCUGCCCACGCUGCAUAGAGCUGGAGCAGGAGGUGCUGAGCCUUCAGCAGGAGAAUGAGGAGCUUAGGCAAAAGCUGGAAAGUGCUCCAGUGCCAAGUCAGACAGUGCUGGACUUCUUUAAGUCUGUCCUGGGACACUACAACCAGUUGAUUCCUCCACCACCACCUGAGGAUCCGCUCACUGAGACUUGUGCAAGGAGUGCAAUGCAGGAGUACUCAAACCACUACGAAAUAAACUGUCACCAGAGACCGAAAACAGAACAGGGAAGCAAGCAGCUGCUGGGGAAUUAUCCGCUCUUCAUCACUAACAAGCAGUGGGACGAGGCCGUGAACUCGUCGAAGAAGGACGGGCGUCGGUUGCUGCGCUACCUCAUCCGCUUCGUGUUCACUACAGAUGAGCUGAAGUACUCGUGCGGCCUGGGAAAGAGGAAACGCUCGGCCCACAUGAGCGAGACGGGACCUGAGAGACGGCCGCUCAAUCCUGUCAAAGUCAGCUGCCUCAGAGAAUUUAUCCGGAUGCACUGUGCGUCAAACCCUGACUGGUGGAUGCCGUCUGAAGAGCAGAUCAAUAAGGUGUUCAGUGACGCAGUGGGUCACGCGCGCCAGGGCCGGGCCGUGGGCACCUUCCUGGCCGGAGGCGGAGGCAGCGGGAGCAGCAGCAGUGGAAGCAGUCUCUACCUGGAGGGUUACGAUGGACAGCUGUCUCAAGACGAGCUCUUCAUGAAGAGCUCACAGAACGGCAUCAUGGACUAGGUCUGCCUGAGGAGGACCGAGGGUGACAAGUCCGUUUGUCUGACUGCUGUAGCCACGUUUAUCUUGACAUUGGUUGUUGAGAGCAGACAAACAAAAUGAAUACUUGACAAGCAUUCCAGAGACUCGCAUUCUCACCACGGCGUUCCCUAUAGCAGUGUUACUCAGUCAUGGUCCUGGAGUAGCCCUGCGUUUUAACGCUUUCCUUACUGUAAAUCAGCUGCUUCAGGGUUGUUAAUAACACGAUGAGAGCAAAGAAGGGGAGAGCAAGGUGCAGGGGUUGCUGCAGAACCAGGUGUGAGAAACACUGCUCUACAGCAUACAGUAUACUGUUAGAAGUGAAUUCCUCCAGCCUGCUUGCUGUAAUAUGGUAGCAUUGUACAUAGUGUCAACGCCAAGUGUUUUGCUCCUGCGGGUCAUUUUUGAGGAGUGUGUUUUGUUUUUUUCAGGACAUGGAGUCAAACCAGGCGGGUGGGAAUUACACAAAUCAUCAAAUCACAUAAUUUAUGGCUUUCAUUACACUAAAUAAGCAUCAUAUGUGUAUAAAUUGUAACAAUGUUCAGUGUAAACAAGGAUGUGAUCUUCCUAAUGUCCGAGUCCAUGUGCAUUCACAUAACAUGAUAACAAGGUGCUAUUCUAAUCCUGCAUUC